AGCUGAUCAGGCAGAGGCGGCUCGGAAGUCACAGUCUGGAGAGCACCCUCAUUAUCCCUCUCGUUGUCUUUCUUUCUCUCUCUCUCUCUCUCUCUCUCUUCAUUUGGAGAGCCUUGCCAGGAUCAAGGCAUCCAUGACAUGAUCCAACAUAUUUCCACUCACCUUUUUCUGUGGUCCGUACAUAUUAUCUCCGCAUGUCCGCGCAAAGCAAAAGCUCUUGCGGUGGGCCAGGGCCUGAUUACAUACCACGCCACGGGGUCGGCUGCCCACUCUGCUGAGGGGCACUCUGCCCACGCUGGCAGAAUGCAGCAUGCGCCAGAUGCCCCUGGCGCGUGGAGGUUUGCGCUGGUGAUCGCAUCGUUCUCCACGCUCCUCCUGGUGCUCUGCUGGUGUGUUGUUCGGUCCUCCUAUUCGAGCGACAGGGAGGAUAUUCAGCUCAAGAAGGGCGAGGCGAAGAAGGCCAAGCACAGGCGGUAUGUUUCUGGUGUGCCCAGCUCCGACGUCAUCAGCAACACGACCAGCCGUGUUUCGUCGGGCACCCGGAGCAGUAUGUACGGCACGGUGCCUGUUGGGCCGAGCAGGCCCACUCCAGCCGCGUGGCUCUGCCCGCAGCUGAUGGUGCCCAGCGGGUCACAGCUGCACUGCGCGAUGCGGAGCACAGUGUCCUGUGCGAGGCAGGACUUGGUCGUGCAGGUGUGCAGCGGCGCGGAGCUCGGCUCGGCGCCGCUCUUCGAGGUGCGGGUGGUCGACGGGGGCCCGGGAAACUCGUCCGAGGCCGGCAUCUUCCUCCAGACGCCGGGAGGCGAGUGGAAGCUCGCCUCCCUGUCCACGCGGGAGGUCUGGGAGCGCCCGACGGAGCGGGAGCCCGAGCUGGAGAUAUUGAAGGCUUCCGGGAAGAGGUUCGGGACCUUGACGAAGAGCCCAACGGGGACCUACAUCAUCGCCAGCAAAUUUGGCACGGUGGCCUUUUUCGACGACCACCUCGCCACGCCGCGUUCACAGGUGCAGGACGGCUUCGGCGCCACGCUGGCCGAGGUAGUUACGACCAGCGAUGGAAUCUACAACGUGACGGUCAACCCUAACAUAGACGCAGGACUGAUCAUCCUCGGGCUGUUCGCGAUUGACAAGAUGAAGCGGCCAGCGGCCUGAUGCUGUAUUGCCCCGUCGCCCUGCACGCGCCGGUACCGCAAGAGGACUCUCUGCGAUGUGGCACUACUUUAAUUGCACAAAAUGCGCUCCACGCCCCCUCCUAUUCGGGCUUUCUGCUUGUCAUGCUUUCCGCUUAGGUCUCCGAGCCGCUCUUCGAU